CUCUCUCUCUCUCUCCAGAGGUAUCAGUCUCUCUCCAGUAUCAGUGUAUCUUCAGACUUACCCAGCAUCGUUGUCCGUCCUCUUCAGUACUUUGGAGAUGUGAGUCAGACUGUGUCUGAACUGAGAGAGAAACUAGAAGACUUCCUUAAAGGAGAAUGGACCAAGAUCUCCACUACAGUGAAUAUAGUGGAUGUUGUACUGCCUCCAGAGCCCAAGACCAGAGAACAGUUGUUACAAUAUUCCUGUCAGCUCACACUGGACCCAAACACAGCACACACACACCUCUCUCUGUCUGAAGGGAACAGAAAGGUGACCUUUACAGGCCAAGUCCAACCAUAUCCUGACCAUCCAGACAGAUUCACCUCCUGGUGGCAGGUUCUGUGUAGAGAGGGUCUGUCUGGACGCUGUUACUGGGAGGUGGAGAGGACUGGUGUUGUUGAUACAGCAGUCUCAUAUAAAGACAUCAGCAGAACAGGGAGAGGUGGUGGAUUUGGAUACAAUAACAAGUCCUGGAGUUUAUAUUACUAUAGUGGUGGUUAUUGUUUCAGACACAAUAAUGUUGAGACUAAAGUAUCAGGCCCUCAGUCCUCCAGAGUAGGAGUGUACCUGGAUCACAAGGCAGGUACUCUGUCCUUCUACAGUGUCUCUGACACAAUGACCCUCCUCCACAGAGUCCAGACCACAUUCACUCAGCCCCUCUAUCCUGGGUUUAGGCUCUAUGAUUAUAAUGAUACUGCUGAGCUGGUUAAACUGUAAACUGAUUUGUUAUUAAUUAAAAUUCAAUCCAAUGUUUUAAUCUU